AUGGCCGUCGCCAUUCUGGCCGCGGCCGCGAUCACCGUGGCGGCGACGGACGGGACGGGGCCGAGGAGCUACUUCUCGUCGUGGGACGGGCCCGCGUGCACGGGGCGCAUGUCGAGCGCGGGGACCUGCGGGUGCAGCCCCGUCCACUUCCACGGCGGCCACGAGUUCAACUUCCGCGGCGAGACGGCGACGCUCUACAGCGAGCACGGCUGCGCCGGCACGCCGUACCAGGUGUUCGAGGACACCCAGGCCUGCGGCGACUUCGGCUGGCGCAGCAUCCACAUCGACUGCUGA